AUGACAGGGACUAUCCCGUCGCGAUCUGAAAUCGCUUCGAUGCCCUUGGUCGUUUUCAGUUUAGCAAACAAUUCUUUUGUUGGUGAGAUUCCAAAUCAAACCGAUUUGCAGGACUCCUUGUUAUUAUGUACUUUGUUGGUCAGUGCAUUGUUGCUGUUUCGCCAAUUGAACGAACAAAUGUCCGAUUGCACCUCCUAUGGAUCAACAGAAAAAGUAGUGGGACAGAGCCUAAUAUUUGUAGUGUUUAACAAACAUAUUGUAGAUAAUGAUUUUGGUCUUAUUUCUUGGUAUCCUAUUCAUCAUUCCAAUUUCUUGCCGAGCCACACUGAUUGCACCGUUGUCAUCUUGGUGCAACUCUCAGAACAAGCUUUUUCCUUUGCGAUCGCUUUGCGAACGGUUUAG